AUGCUGAGGAUUCGACCGUCACCAUCCCCAAUAGCCCCGAGUGACUGGACCCGAACUCGCCGGGAACUGCUCUUCGCCACCAUUAUUCUGGGCUCAUGCGCCACGGGCUCCCUAGGACCCCUGCUUGUGCCAGGCUUUGUGGUCGUUGCGGCAGAUCUCAAUGUCAGCCUGACCAGCGUCACCCUCUUGAAUGGCAGUCUUGUCAUGGCCCUGGGCGUCAGCGCCUACGUCUGCUCCCCUGUUGCCAAUUACUUCGGCAGACGACCAGUGUACUUAUUCACCACGCUUUUGGUCCUGAUUUCGUGCUGUUGGGCUGCGGUUGCGAAGUCGUACUCCUCGUUGAUCGCAUCCCGUGUGUUCCAAGGCCUAGGCAUGGGAGGAUUCUUCGCUCUAGCCGGAACAUCGUCCAUCAACGAGGUCUUUCACGUGCACGAACGGGGCCUGCGCGUCGGGCUCUGGAAUUUUGCCGUCAUCGUCUCCGUCAAUUUGACCCCGAUCAUCAGCGGAUAUAUCAUUUCGGGUUUGUCCUGGCGCUGGGGUUUCUGGCUAGAGGUCAUUCUUUUUGGCCUGCUGCUCGGGGCGGUGGUGUUCUGUUUCCCAGAGACGUCGAUCCCAUCGGACCGGGACGACGAGGCAGAUGAUACAUUCACAGCACCAACGUCAAAUACGGAGAAACUUGAGGAAGCAACAAUCACAAGCUCCCGUGUGUCCGCCAUUCCCACACAUAACCUCCUCCAAUUCCCGCGACGACCCACCAACCAGAUCAAAACCCUGGGAACAUCCCUCCUCUCACCCCUGGCCCUCCUCCUCCACCCCAUCGUCAUCUGGGGCUGCAUCAUGUGGUCCGUGACAUUCACCUGGACGAUUCUAUUAGGUGCCGUGGCAUCGCAGAUUUUCACCGCGCCGCCCUUCAACAUGAGCACCGUCGCCGUGGGCAACCUCACUGGGGUGGCUCCCUUGAUCGGCUCCGCGCUGGGGACGGUGCUGGGGGGAUGGCUGUGCGACUGGUGCAGUCGGGUUCUCCCCCCCUCGCCUUCUUCAACAAAUGCCACUAGCGACCAUUCCAACCUUCCCGAUGAUAACAUACCCACGCAUCCUGCCCCGGAAUCCCGUCUCCCCGUCCUCCUCCUCGCCACAAUCGCAAUGGCCACCGGCUCCUUUGGCCUCGGCGCCGCCAUCGCCCACGGCUACUCCGGGGUAGCCUGCGGAGUCUUCAUGGCCAUCCUUAAUUUCGCCGUCGGCAUGGGAUGCACGGGCAUCGUGGCGUACUCGAAUGAUGUCUGUGGGGACAGAGCUGGAGAUGCGUUUGGGUUGGCGAUGAUCGCCAAAAGCGCCUUCGCAUUCGGACUCACGUUCGUGUACAAUGACUUCCUGGCCCGAAGCGGGCCGCUGGUGUUCUUUGCGACCUUCGGGGCGCUGAGUGUCGGGGUUAUGCUGAGUACUAUUCCGUUACGCAGAGUUGACGCGGACUAUGUGAGAGGGCUGGAAGAUCAGAUCGCGAUGCUCAAAGAGGAGUUGCAUCGAUCCCAACCCUUCAACGCCGUCACUUUGACCGAGAACGUCCCGCCCGGACGAAAAGAGGCUUGUGCAAAUUCCCCUGACAAUACGGCAGAUCCUGCUACUGUUGCUUCUGCUUUACCAGACAACAUGUCAACUGCGAUCGAAGACGUCAGCGCCCUCAUCUGGCGCAUGAGUAUUGAAAGCAAUGGGGAAGAAGCGUUUAUUGGACCGUCGGGAAAUUUCUGUUUCCCUGUCUCCCACCGGGAGGAUCUGAGCACGGGUGGACAGAAGCAUAUGCCUUCUACGACUCUCCCUAGCCCAAGCUCCUGGGAAAAAUCCUCCGGAUCUAGCCGGUCGGACAUACGAAGUAAUACAAGCUACCUGCUCGCUUUGUUCACACAAUGCAUCAACCCCAUUCACCAGUUCGUCGACACUGAGACUCUGAAUAAGCUGCACGGCGGUCAGCUGAACGCAGACCUCACACUAAUUAAGACCGCUGCGUUAGCCGCUGGCGCACUUUACUCGGAUGAUGCCAAGAACAGGACGGUUGGCGAGGAGGCUGCAGCUGUGGUUGACGCCAUGGUCAUGCAGCACUGUCGAGAAUCGCCAAGUGUUCAUACCGUACAAGCUUUAUCUAUCAUGUGUUGGCGGGAGCUGGGGCUCGAGGAACACAACAUGGCUUGGAUGUACAACUCAAUGUGUGCCAGCAUGGCUCUACACCUAGGCCUACCAGUCAGCAUGGCCCAGGAGACCAAAUUAUCCGAUGCUGAGUCCAUCAAUUCACUCCAAGAGUCAUCAGUGUUCAUGGAUCGAAUCGCAACAUCCCUUUUGGGACGCAACUGUAUGCUCCCAUGGAGGCGGAUCAAGACCCAGUUCUUUAUCAGCACCGUUGGGCCCGUACCUUCUCUAGACGAGCUAGCCUUUGACCAUCAAUGCCGCUUGUGGUUCAUCCAUGAUCAACACAUGGAUAGAAUCUACUCGUUCGAAUUCACAAGCUUGAGCAGCGCUCAAAAGUCCCACAUCUUGUUGAAUGCGCGGGACCAGUUGUACGCUUUUCGACGACAGAUGGACCCUCAAAUCCAAUUGAGCCGGACCCGUGCGAUCGUGCCCUCGAUCAUCUACCUGCACAUCUCGUACCACAUGUCGCAUAUCCUCAUCCACCGACCGUAUCUCAAGCAAGCCACCCAGCGAAGCAGCAUGUACCAGCUAUGCGUUCGCGCCAUGUCCACCGCCGCGGCGUCGAUUGUCCGACUCCUCCGCGAGUACCGCAAGGUCGCGCCGGUCGACCACAUGCCCCCGUUCGUGGUUCACAGUGUGCUCACGGCAGCCGUGACGCACCUCUGCAAUGCGACCUCGACGUACCAGGCCCUACGAAGCGCGUCAACUGCGCAGUUUCGGGUGUGUUUCCAUGUUCUGUGGGCGAUGCAGCAGCGGUGGGUCAAAGCGAGGCGAGCGAUUUGUCUCUUGCGGCAGCUGGCGCGCAGAUGGCAGGUCAUGGGGGCGUUGCCUUUGCAGCACGGGUUUCCUGCUGUUUCUAAUCCGAGAGAGGAGGCGCCAGAAGAGGAGCAGCUUGAGUCGGAAUGGUUGCCCACGGAGGCUCAUGAGGACGAGGACACGGCUCUAUUUGACUGUGAAGAAAUAGGGACCGCCAGCAUCUUUCCGGACAUCUUCCAUGAGACCGGCUUCGACUUAUUUGGAAUGACAGACUACCAGCAUGAUUUUCUUAGUGAUUCAAUCUAGCAUGUUAUCUCCAUUGGACUUUAACCUGCGACGCGCCACAGUUAUUUAAUAUCCGUUUUUAGACCACCAGCUCUAAAUU